UCUAGCCUUCUACUUAUGCUUAUGAAUUGUUAAUCAGUCAAAUUGAGUUCAUACUAGUAAGUAAUCGUUUUAUUCGCAAAUUUCAUGAAUCAUUUUGGUUAUGAAUCACUGGCUCUGACUGAGUUUUCGAAGCUACCAAUCUAUGGUAACGGUGGAGAUUCCAAACCAUGCAGUGUUCGAGUUGAUGCCAUCUUCUCCAGAUUUCUUUUGCUGUUUUCAGAUACACGUUAGUUGUAGGAAGCAUAGAAGAUAAGUUAGAUAACUGAUUCACACCCGUACAUCAUGCUGGAUUUGGAAGUUGUUCCUGAACGCUCCCUGGGAUGCGAUAAUUGCGAGUUCAAACUGGGUAUGCCUUUCAUGCAGGCAGUGCAGAUCCUCCAGAAGCAGUGUCGAAACGUUAGUGUCGUGGAUGUGAAUUAUGUGGAAAACGAUCCUUUAAGUGCCGAUUUGGUUUUGAAAUUGACAAACGAUGGAAUACGCCUCAUCUUCGAUUCGCAGUCACAGCGUCUGAAGAUAAUAGAAGUGUUUGACAUGGGCAAAGUGAAACUGAAAUAUGCAGGCGUUGUUUUUUGCUCUCCGGAAAUAUCUCCAACACGAAGCCAGAUUGAUCUCUCAUUCGGAGCCACCAGGCCACCGGAAUUCGACAAUAGUCAGCAGUCCUUUAUUUUGAGUUUCCGUGGGUUAUCCUUCUCGUUUCCCGCUGUUGUGAACAAAAGCGCUUCGGCCGAGAGAACCAAUCCACAAUUUCCUAAUCUGAAUUCCGUAUUAGUGUCGAAAAUGUCCGUGUUCAGUGGCAGCUGUUUAUCCGAAGCAAAAGUGAUUGAACUACCUUUCCAUUGCUACAAUGGAGGAGUGUAUUCCCACAGUUUGGAUGUUUUACGCGAAGAUUCCCGAACAUUUGGCGUUCAAGUACAUCUUAUGUUUGAAGGUAUUGAUUCAAGCACAUCCCCGAGCAAGCUAAAGGAGGCAAAAACAAUCUGCUUUGGUAAUACGGUUCAGGAUGUCCUGUCCCUGCUGGGUGCGCCUGGAAAAAUAUUUUAUAAAGCCGAAGAUAAAAUGAAGAUUCACGCCCCGCCGGAGCAGCAGCUACGGCAAUCUACCAACCGUUCCGAUUACUUCUUCAAUUAUUUCACCCUUGGACUGGAUAUCCUAUUUGAUGCUGUUACUCAGCGUGCUAAAAAAUUCGUUCUCCAUACAAAUUAUCCAGGCCACUACGACUUCAAUAUUUACUAUCGGUGCAUGUUUAAAAUACCAUUGACGAAGUCGACCCCUGUGGAUGGGGGUUCACAAACGUCGCUACUGGACCAAACGGAACCGAUGACAGUGACGGCUUUUUCUAAGUGGGACGAAAUCCAUACUUACAUUUUGGGGCCUGAAUCUCGUCCUAUAGUUCUAAAUAGAAUAUCCUCAGUUAACGCCACAAACCCGUUUGGACCAACAUACUGCUAUGGAUAUCAAGACAUGAUCUUCGAGGUGAUGCCAAAUGGACACAUCGCGUCCAUUACGUUGUAUCAAAUCAAAGAAUAGAAGUCCUCUGAACUUUUUAGAGGUAAUAUUUGUAUAUACUAGGAUGGAACCACUUUGCACUAUGAGUAUUGAACUGGUGAAUUGCAUGAGCUCAUGGUUUGAAUUUAGAAAUGCCUGUGUUGCAAUCAAAUCACCAAUUCAAUAUUGCUUCGAAUUUUAAUUGUAAACAGGCCGUGUAUGAAGAACUACACUCCGCGA